UUACAGUUGGUGAGUCCUGAGGUGGCUUGGCUUGGCGAGAGGACGACCCUGGCUGUUGACGCUCCUGGCCGGCAUUAUACCUCUAUUCUCGCCUAUAUUCAGUUAGAAAAGGCGAAAAUAUGGAGAACGGGACACCCCAGAAAGGACGUGGGGAUGAUAGUGUGAGUGGAGGAAGUCGAGGGGGUUAUUAUCAAGGCAACCAACAGAAGCGUGGACCCCAGCAGUACGGCAGACACCCCCAGUAUGGCUAUGAUAAGAUCAAAGAAAGAGUGAAUACUGAACUGAGUGGUCCACAGUUGGACUUGCCACCCCUUGAUACCACAGAGAAAAAGUUUAAUGCCAGCAGUCGCUUGUUUGUGGGUAACCUGCCUCGUGACAUUCCUUAUGAGGAGCUUAAGGAAAUAUUUUCUCAGUAUGGAGAGUUGGGCCAGGUGUACUUCAACAAGGAUGGAGCAUAUGCCUUCAUUAAUUUUGAUUAUCGAGCUAAUGCAGAGAAGGCAAAGCGAGAAUUACAAGGAAAGAAUUGUCGUAGCCGUCCCAUGAAGAUCAGAUAUGCGUCUAUCUCAACUGGUGUGCGGGUCAAGAAUCUGACACCUUGUGUGUCAAAUGAGUUAUUGGAAAAAGCCUUCAAUGUUUUUGGUCAGAUCGAGGCGUGCCGUGUGAUUGUUGACGACCGGGGAAAAACCACAGGUGAUGGCAUCGUGAUAUUUGCUGACAAGAAAGGUGCCACACUUGCCAUCAAGAAGUGUCAGGAGGAGUGCUAUUUCCUCACCAGUGGUCUUCGUCCAGUAAUUGUCGAACCCCUUGAAGCUCGGGAUGAGGAAGAAGGUCAACCUGAAAGUUCCAUGCAUAAGAAUGAACAGUACAAGCAGGAGCGCAAGGAAGGGCCUAGGUUCGCUGACAGAAACUCAUUUGAGUAUGAAUAUGGGAUCCGCUGGAAACGUCUUUAUGAAAUGUAUAAAGAGAAGAAAUUGUUGCUGGAGUCAGACCUACAAGCAGAGAUGGAACAGCUAGAGAGAAGGUUGGCUAUUGUCCGCCAUGAACACGAAACGGAAAAGCUGAGGCGGGAGCUGAUGGCCCGUGAACAGGAAGCAAUGCAGAUGGGAAGAUCCUCAUAUGGUCGCCAGGGCAGUUAUGGAAUGGAUCGCUACCAGAGCUCACAAGAUGACCGCUAUGGUGAUCGUUAUGAGUCAAUGAGGGAGGAGCGAUACCAAGCAGCUCUGCAGGAGGAACGUUAUCAGAGAAUGCAGGAAGAGCGGUAUCAGCAGGCCUUGCAGGAGGAGCGGUACCAGGCUAUGCGCGGUAGUGGUUAUCAAGGUGGUAGUGGUGGUUCAAAUGACCAGCCGCAGCAAACGCCACAACAGCAGCAGCAGCAACCGAACCAACAGCCACAACAGCAGCAACAAAACCAACAGCAUCCACAACAACCUCCUCCACAGCAGCAGCAGCAACAACAGCAAUACCCACAGGGGUCAAAGAGAGAGGCCACAGCUGGUGGAGAUGCUGGUGAUAUGAAACGUGGGCGGUAUUGAGUUGAUGUACAGUAUAUUCAAGCUGUUGAGCUACACAAUUGGUGUCGACUAUUAACAGGUUUGUGCUGUUGACAACACAUACAGUAUAUCCCAUGUAAGCGGUUACUACCACUGUAGCCUUUGUUUAACCCUAUCAACCAGAGAGAACUGAAGUUUUUUUUUAACCCAGGGGUGAGAAACUUACACAAUUCAUAAGAAAUUUGUACAAUAACACACAGUACCAUAUUUUUGCUAUUUUGUACUAGGUUAGCAUACUAACUAGGUUGAGCUUAAGGUUAUUCUUAAUAAAUAAUGAUGUUAAAACAUACUACAUAAGUAUAACAUUGAACCCAUAAGAUCCAGACCCAAAAAAUUUGCUGUCUUUAGAGGUUUUAAUGUACUGUACAAUAUAUUUAAAUCCAUGCAAAUGUGUUUUUUGUAUUCUUCUUAAAAAGUUAAAUGUUAAGUUAAUACAAAUCACCACCUUAGCAUCCUGUUGACAACUUAAUGAGAAUGUUAUAAACAAGCAAGAACAACAUAUUAGUUGCCAUAAAUAGUGUCCUGAGUAUUGUGCAUACUGGCUGUUUAAUGCCAGCACUCGUAUGAGUAGCUGGUACAUUGCUGGGCAGCUUGUGUGAGAGCCCAGGGCAAAAGGGGUUACUCUCCCCUCUUAAUGCACAUACUGAAAAUAAAUAAACGUAAUAGAAAUCGAGAAACAGGCGAGUGUGUAAAUGAUGGAAAAUAUUGAGUAUUUUAUGGAGAAGUUAAAGCAGUAAUAGUGAUUAAAUGACUAAAUAUAGAGAAAUAAUGAGAAGUGUAGACACUAGACUAAGUAAUUUUAUGAUGUUUGACAACAUGAGCUUCUAAUGAUCAUUACUUAACAGCACGAAGGUAUUGAUCAAAUUUUUAUGUACUAGACUUGAGUGUCCAUUUGGAUGGACUUAAAAUUAUAAGGUAGCCUAACAUUGAACUUGAAACCCCUAAUUAAAUAGGUAUACAAUAAACACUUGUCCUCUGCGCACACACACACACACUGAUGCCAGGAAAGGUUAUCAGACAGGUUUGAGUUUAUUAUAUUCAUUACCUCGUGACUGAUUGAAUAUUUCAUAUACUGUAAUGUUCUACAUAAAUAUAUAAUUUGUGUUAUGUAAUUAAAUGAUUUUAUUUCAAAUUAACUAAAGAAUUUGUUGUACCAGAUCUAAAUAGUGUGACGUGGUAGGGAUGAACCAGAUGAAUGUAACAAGACACUAUAAUCAUUCUACAUUAAGUACAGCAUUAGAAAUUGCCAUUACAUAUUUAAGGCUAUUUUGUCUGUAUUUUGCUUGUGCAUUUGCUGUUUACGUAGAGAUGUUCUGUGUAGGUGUUUUCUAUAAUUCCUCAAAGUAUACCACAGGAAACUCAUUGCAGGUCAAAUUUAACAACUCGGUAGACCCCAGCCUAAUUAAUAUUUGCCAUUAAAAUUGCUGUCUUUGAGGACUGGUUUCCAGUCAUGUGGAUUAAAUUGGACUGUGGCCUACUUGGGCAGUUGCUCAGGAACAUCAUGGUUUUGUCAAAUUGUAUAAUGUAUAGAUGUCCACAACUUUAAGUUUUAGUUGGAAUAUCUGGUGGCUUCAGUGGUGCCACAUGAUGAAGAGAACAUAGUCCGAGUAGGUUGAACAGAUUUUCAAGUAGUGCACACAAGCAUAACUUGGUACUUACAGGCUUGAACAGGUUAUGUUAUGUACGUACAGUAAGUUAAGUUAUUUAUAGUUCCACUCAAUGGUCAGGUCCUUGCAGACGGAUAAAUUUGAAUAUGAUAGUUAUUCAAUUCUCUGGAUGGUAAUUGUUUAAUUAAGGGAUUUGGUCUUCAUCUCAUGAUCAUUGACACGUAAGGUAAAGGAUAAUUAUAAGUAGUGACCUAAAGCAGUUGAUAAUGAAAUUGUGGUAUGAAAACCAGUACAAAUGUUUUGUACAUUACCUUAUUUUGUAAAGUACCAUGACAAUUUUUUUUUAUUUUUUUUUAUUUUAGGAAUUCUCGACUAUUGGCAUUAAAAAGAACAACUGGCUUCACAUCUAAUGAAAAUAAAUAUCAUUUUUUA